UAUUCCGGCGGAUUUUUUUUUUCCUGGGGUUGGGGGAAGUAAAAAGGUUUUGGAAAAUUCUUCGUUUUUUAUUAAAUAAAAUUUUUUUUUCGGGGUAAAAAAUUCUCCGCCAGGCACUACUACCGCCGCCAAUCAGGAAUUUUUUGAUUUAGAAAAGAAGAAGAAGAAAAGAGAGAUGGGAAAUUCCCGGAUGGAUGCGGAUGGAUGGAUGGCGCCAGUAAUAAAGACAAUGGGUUUUCUUGUCGAGGGGGGCUUUCUAAUUUCCAGGGGAUUAAACAAGAAAAAAAAUUUCAGUUUCUUCAUGAAAUUCGUAGAAGAAGAAGAAAAAAGUUCAAAAUAAAAAAUUCCAAAUAAUUAAUUUUUAUUCCGACUUGAUGAUAUGAUGAUAAAAAUAAUUUUGACAGGAUGGAUCGGAAGUAUCCGGAUCUUUCACCUUUCGACCAACGUAAUACCUUCCGGAUUUUACAACGCCGGAUUUUGUUUUAGUCGACUGACGCGAGGGCGUUCCUUGUAGGGGUUUGUUGUGUACGUGUACGGAAGAAGGGAGGGGAAGAGGAUUGGACGGAAUGAAUUGCUGCUCCACACACCACACGUCGUCUAAUUAUACAGGUACACCCUUCCUCUAGCGUUGAAGGUGUUUGCAUAUCAUUUCCGUGUCGUCGUCGUCAUCGUCAUCGUUCGCUAUCGACAGCGAAUCAUCACUUCCCCCCUUUAUACUAUUUGUCAGGUGUUAUUCAGAGUUGAAAUCAUUCCGGAAGUUAGUGCGUUUCCUUCCGGAGUCAACCGACCAGAUUUUACGACCGUCCUAAUGUUACAUACCUCUCCCCACAUAAUUACAGAGUAGGAACCAGGCUGCUGCUAACUACCGAGUUGAUUUAUCGACUCAUCUAACGUCACACUAACGUCAUUUCUAUUUGUGGAAUUUUGAAUCAAAAGUGGAACAACAACAACAAAAACUGAAUUUAAAAAAAAUGUUAUUGUUCUAAUUUCAAAUAGAUUAUUGGAGAAAACAAAUGUUUUUCAUUCAAAUUUCAAUGAAAUCCAAGAAAACUAUUUUCACUAGUUAAAUUAUUAAUCAAAAUAAAAAAUAAAAUAAAAUGACAAAAUUCGAGAAAACUAAAAGUUUUGGUUACUUGAAUUUUUAAUUCAAAUAAAAAAAAAAUUCGAAAAAUUCGAUUGUUUAUAAAUACGAGAAAUGAAUUAUUUCAAAUUGAAACUAAAAACGACAAAAAAAACUAAAAAAGUCAAUUAGAUUCGAGAAAAACAGACGGGGGGUUUAUGUCGUACGUGUCAAAAACACCUGAGCAUUACCCGAAUGCGCGUUGUGUAAUCCGUCGUUCAAAUAGUAAACGACAAAAACGACGUUGGCAGACGUGCCGAUAACGCGUGAAAUGACGUCUCUCUCUCUCUCUCUCGUAGAUAAAACAAAAAAAUAAAAGAAACUUUUCGGUUAUACUUUUCUCUCUGUGUAAUAUUCCGACCGAAAUAAUAAUUACCCGUGCGACUCACUGACUCUCUCUCUCUCUCCUCCUGUGUGAAACAGAAAAUUGGGUCCCCCCCACCCAACCCGCCCGAAAAAUGCACCUGCUCAAUUCUCCCACGUUCGUCAACCGAUUCCUUAUCAAAACGACAAGACCCGAGGAAAUCGUGAGAGACUUUUUUCUUUUUCUUUUUUCUUCAUCAUCGACAGAUUUCUCGGGAGAUUUUCAUUUUUUUUCCCCCAAACCAUUGAAAACAACAACAACAACAACAACAAAGAAAAAAUGGACAUUUUCCCGAUCGACACCUGACCUACUACGUGAAAAAAAGAAGAAGAAGAAGAAAAGUGAACGGGCCCUCAUUUUUUUGUAUUUUUCAUUUUCCCGAUGAUUAAACGAAACCCCAAAAAAGGCGAUGGUUGGCAGCCGAUGCCGCCAGAGUGGGCGGGGCUUCCUGCUGCCGUCGGUUCCACCCCUCCCCCUUUUUCUCUAUAUAAGAAGAGACGAUUGCAGGGCACGAGACCCGUCAUUCAGAGUUUGUUCGUGAGUGCAAUCACACGUCGCCAUUACAGCGGGAGACAACAAAUAAUUGACAACAGAAAUUACCAACGAGAUUUCACACGUUGGACAAUUGAUCGUCGAGGGAUUAUUGCGAGUUCAAGUGUAAAAACCGGAGAAAGUAAAAGCCCCAAAACAGAAAAGAAAAUGGUGAAAGCCUCCAAUCGUCACCCGACAUCUUCGACGACGACGAGUUCGACUGCGACUGUGCAGCAGCAGCAGCAAUCGGAUCCGCUGCGCGGAGUGAUGGCGACCAGCAAGGAGCAAGUGGAAAUCCAAAUGUACCUGUCCAAAUUGAAAGAGCUGGUGCCGCACAUGCCCAAGAAUCGCAAAGUUUCCAAGCUGGAAGUCAUCCAGCACGUCAUCGACUACAUUUGCGACCUGCAGAGCGAACUGGAGCAGAACCAUCCGGCCAGUCUCAACCGGAACCGGAGGAAACAGCAGCACUCGGCAGCCGUGUUGGCCGCGCGGAGGGCCACCACCGACGCCUCCGUCAUCGCCAGCGGUGCCAGUCUCUCGCAUCCAUCCGCCGCCUCUUCCGCCGUGCACAGACAACCCCUCGGCCUACUCACCUCCAUUCCCAACACCUCCAUCGAGGUGAAUAACACGACAGGGGAUAACAAGAGCAUCAGUGACGUCAUCGUUCCUUGUUAGGAUUCUCCCACAGUGUAAAAAAAAGGGGCGGAGUUUCCCUGCAACAUCCCCGCAAAUUUCUUUCCAAUGGACACGACGACAACAACAACAACAACAACACUAGUCCUCGAUUUCUCUUUUUUUUAAUUUUUUAGCAAACAAAAAAAGAAAACCAUCAAUCACACAAACACCUAUAGGCUAUUAUUAUAUGACGUGGAGACAAGUGUUUUGUUUAUUUCUCCCAUUUUGAUUUUGGGUCUUGAAUUAAUUUUUUUAUAGAACAAAAAAGAAUCCCCUCCACUUGCUACCAAAAUGUCGAAAAACGAUUUAAAAAAGAAAAAAAAGCUUCAAAAAAUAUAUUCUAUUAUAUAUGUUUCGUCUGUGAUACCUUCUCCACCAGCCCACCCAAUUUAAUCAUUUUUUUUUAUUCAUUAAUUAUUGACUAAACAAAUCUCCCACCCCCCAUUUGUAUAUUAUUACCACAACAAAAAUAGUCGUCGACUCACACAGAAUUAUUGUUCCUUUACCCCCCUCACAAUCGUGUCACAUUUUCUUUAAUUUAAAAAUAUUUUUUUUUCGGCGGGGAAUUUGAAAAAAAAAAGUGGAAAUUCUUUUCGAUUAUUAUUUUGAUGUGUCGUGCGUCUCUAAUUUUGCUCUUUUCUUUUUCAAAACAAAAAAAUCGAACAUGUGACAUAAUACCUAACACCAAUACAAAGAAAUUUGGAAAAAAAAAUUUUG